AGUCGGCUCGCGAAGCGAGCUGAUCCUUGCUGUCAGCGCUGAUUCAAUGCGGAUUUACCGAAGCACAAACUCGUAUGUGUGUUCCUUCACUUGCUGCAAAUAAAUCUUGAUAAAUAAGGCCCUGGCAAUAGCUUUAUUUUCAUAAUUUGAAUAAGUUUGAUGAUAUUAUAGUGUUGGUAACUUUUAUCCUGCAUAUCUAUCACAAAAUAACCUUGAAGUUCACCUAAACGUGUGAAUAGAAGAUUGUAAAUAUUACAUGCGGAUGAAUAUUUGCGAUGGGGCACAUGAAGAGGGUUAUCUCAAAAUACGAAAUUGUAUCAAAUAUACAACUCCGGUAAAAAAGACAUACACUGCUUUGGUUUAUUAAAAGGUGUAUAACAUAUCUUGUUUUAUCAUAAACAAAAAGAAAUUGAGUCUGGGUUAUUAAAAACGUUCGCUAAUGUAACUGAUAUUGAAACACCUGCAGAAUAAUACUACGAACAAGUAAACUUUCAUGAUUAGUCACCUGACCUUUUUCGCGGGAAGCUGUCGAGUAAACAAGAAUCACGAGGCCGAGGAGAAGUUUUCAAGCUGAGCAGUAGAAAUCGUCAGAAAUUUGCUACAAUGCCAACAUUACAAGCGUUAUUUAAAAUGAAGCGUGAAGGUCCAUAUGUGCCACCAAUAAGUGUGAAGAUUUGUGCCAUUUCACGACAAAAGGAAUAUGUUAAUGCAGAUGGAGAAGAAAAGAAAUAUUUAAUUCUAGGAAUUGCAGAUACUACCAUGGCUGCGAAAUGUACACUGUGUGAUUUAACAAAAGUGAAAGAUUUAGAACAAGGAAAAUCUGCCAUGCUAUUUAACACAAUUAUUAAGGCUGACAACUCCAUUACAAUAACAUCCAAAUCCAGAGUGUCCAGAAUUGGACCCAUAACAGUUCCAUCAGAAAUUGAAAAUGCUGCACAAGUUAUGGCUAACCCUCCAGCCUCUGCAGAGGUUACUCUGAAAGAGAUAGACAAGUCACCAGUUAAGUCGAUGCUGUCUGUCCGUGGACAAGUUGUUGCUGAAGAAAUCGCAAGAACUGUAUCAGUUAGAGGAAGAGAUGUUAAAGUCAAAUCUAUAACCUUAAGGGAUGGGACGGGCAAGUGCAAAGUGUCACUUUGGAGAGAGUUUGCCGAAAAAGAAGUGGGUAUAGGCCAACACUUGAAAAUCACUGAUGUUGUUGUACAGACGUACAACAACGAGAAGUCUGUCUCAACAACUGGAAGGACAGAAGUUGAGACGGUGGAGGCUCCAAGUCAGCUAAAGCUCACAGAAAACAUCAUGGCUUUUAACAUGGAGGAAAACAACCUCAGUCUUAUCAUUGACGAUGGGGAAGCCUAUCCAGCUUACAGAAUUUCCUUGAACAAGAUCGCCACAUUCCUUAAUUGUGAAGAAAACGAAAUUGAAGAGGCCUUGAUAAAUAAACUACCAAUGAAGGCAUCCAUAACAGUCCAACAUGACGAAAUUACACAGAUUUCUCUUUAAACUCUCAGUCUUCUGGCUAAGAUCCCAAACGUACAAUGAGUUUAGGCAUUAUAUAAGCUCUGGAUGAUUCAAUCAGGCCUUAAAUUGUGUUCAUUGGAUUUUUGAAUUUUGCAAUUUUUCUUUUAAGAAAUUCAGAAGUGUUUCUGAAAUAUUGCUUUUUUUCAAGCAUUUUAAUUUACAUCAGUCUUUUAGUUAAUGUGACAAGUAUGCAACAUAAUCUGACUUUAAAGUUUGAUUAAAAGGAAUAUCCUUUUAGCUCUUCUCUAUGAAUGCUUUUCUUUUUGAAUUAAGAUGCAAGGCAGCUGAAAGCCAAGUAACAAGUUUACCUCUCUUUUGUGCUCAAGGCAAAAGUUGAAAACAUUUCAUUUUGCAUGUAAUGUAGCUGUAAGAUUUUAGUGUUAGUUUUCCUGUCAAGUUACACUAUUAACUUGUAAUUUUGAGCAAUAUGUUUUCUUGCACAGUAAUCUCUCUUACCAUAAAGUGUUGUAUAUGUAAAAUUUUCACUUCCAGCUUUUGCACGGAUGUGUGUAUUUGAGUUUUUUUAUUUUGAUCGUACUGAAAAGAGUUUUGUCAUGUCUUUUCUACUUUAAAAAACUUGUGAGAAAUCAAGUGAUGUUUGAUAUACACAAUUGACAAACGUUUUCAACGUAGAGUAAUUGUAGAACUAAUUAUUUGGAGCAGGUGCUAUCUUUAUUCUUUUCGAGCAAGUUGAUGCAUGCAUAUGCUGUUUCUUUUUAGACUAAGUGAAAAAAAUUUAUAUUUGAUUUUAAAGACUUUGACAUGAAACAAGGGUUUUUUUUUAAUAAACAAUAAAUACUCCUGCAAUGUAAGCUAGUCAAGAAAGAAUUUCUCAUGAAAUCUAGUCAUAACCAUGUAAUUUUUCUUUUUUAAGUGUAGUUGUUUUGAAUAUUGUAGCAGAUUUCAUUAUUCCAUUGUUCUGAUUGAAGUAGGGAAUAUAGUAUAAGUGGACUGUCUCUUAUAGCACCAUUGAUUAUCGACUUCGCAUGCAUAACUUCCUACUUUGUCCAUUCGCCACUGAUUGAUUUAUUAGACAAUAUGCAUGCUGUUUAUAAGUCAAUUUUUAUUUAAUGGCUUAUAUGAAAAUGGUGAAACGUUUCAUAACUGACAGAUUAUACUGUAUUUCUUGCAUUUUAUGAAUAAAACUGUUCAUAUCUCUUA